GCAGGCUAUAUAAGCCAGCCCAAGCUGGCUGCGCGGGCCACGGACCUGCACACGGUCGCCCGCCUCUCCCGACGCAGGCACAAGCUCCCCUCUGCACAGACUGUCGCUGCUCUAGUGGGGGGAACCCCGGGGGAUCGUGCAUGUGGGACCCCGCUGCUGCUCAAGCCCAGGUACUUUUUCCCAUGGAGCCGGUGCACCCACGGACCUAGAGCCGCUCAACCCAGAAAAUUGUUCUCUCAAGAAGACUGAGGACAACUGGUUUCUAUUCCAUUCAGGACUUAGAAAUCCCACAAUCUGCUUUGAGUAAGACAUCCUAGAACCACAGAGACACCUAGCCAAUCCCAUUGCCACCAUGGUGGGAUUCAUGACUCGGCUACUGCCGGGCAUUUUGCUAGCGUUGCUUGCCCUCCCUUCUGAAGGUGGGGUCCUGAAGAAAAUCAUCCGACACAAGCGACAGAGUGGGGUGAAUGUCACUUUGCCAGAGGAGAAUCAGCCAGUUGUAUUUAAUCAUGUCUAUAACAUCAAGCUGCCGAUGGGGUCACAGUGUUCUGUAGAUCUGGAAUCAACCAGUGGGGAAAAAGACCUGGUGACCCCUACAGAGUCCAGUGGAAGCUUCCAAGAACACACCAUGGAUGGAGAGAAUCAAAUCGUGUUCACACAUCGAAUCAACAUUCCCCGACGGGCCUGCGGCUGUGCUGCUGCUCCGGAUGUGAAGGAUCUGCUGAGCCGACUAGAGGAGCUGGAGGCCCUGGUGUCCUCCCUGAGAGAGCAGUGCACCAUGGGAGCAGGCUGCUGUCUCCAACCUGCUGAAGGCCGCCUGGACUCCAGACCCCUGUGCAGUGGCCGGGGCAACUUCAGCACAGAAGGCUGCGGCUGCGUCUGCGAGCCGGGUUGGAAAGGCCCCAACUGCUCGGAAGCGGAAUGUCCAGGCAACUGUCACCUCCGAGGCCAGUGCCUCGAUGGGCAGUGUGUGUGCGACGAGGGCUUCGCCGGGGAGGACUGCAGCCAGCUGGCCUGUCCCGCCGACUGCAACGACCAGGGCAGGUGCGUGAAUGGCACGUGCGUCUGCUUCGAGGGCUACACGGGGACCGACUGCAGCCAGGAGGUGUGCCCGGUGCCCUGCAGUGAGGAGCACGGGACCUGCGUGGACGGCCGAUGCGUGUGCCGGGACGGCUUCGCGGGUGACGACUGCAACGAGCCCCUGUGUCUCCACAACUGCUACAACCGCGGGCGGUGCGUGGAGAACGAGUGCGUGUGCGACGAGGGCUUCACGGGCGACGACUGCAGCGAGCUCAUCUGCCCCAACGACUGCUUCGACCGCGGCCGCUGCCUCAACGGCACCUGCUUCUGCGAGGAGGGCUUCACCGGUGAGGACUGCGGGCUGCUCGCCUGUCCCCACGACUGCCAGGGCCGGGGCCGGUGCGAGGAGGGCCAGUGCGUGUGCGACGAGGGCUUCGCCGGCCCCGACUGCGGCGAGAAGCGGUGCCCGGCCGACUGUCACCACCGCGGCCUCUGCCUGGGCGGGCGGUGCGUGUGCGACGCCGGCUUCGCGGGGCCCGACUGCGGGGACCUGCAGUGUCCCGGCGGCUGCAGCGGGCACGGCCGCUGCGUCAAUGGCCAGUGCGUGUGCGACGAGGGCUACACCGGGGAGGACUGCGGCCAGAGGCGGUGUCCCAACGACUGUCACCGCCGAGGGCGCUGCGUGCAGGGCGCGUGCGUGUGCGAGCACGGCUACAAGGGCUUCGACUGCGGAGACAUGAGCUGCCCCAACGACUGCCACCAGCACGGCCGCUGCGUGAACGGCAUGUGCGUCUGCGAGGACGGCUACACCGGGGAGGACUGCCGGGACCGCCGGUGCCCCCGGGACUGCAGCCACCGAGGCCGCUGCGUGGACGGCCGCUGCGUGUGCGAGCACGGCUUCGCGGGGCCCGACUGCGCGCAGCUCUCCUGCCCCAACGAUUGCCACGGCCGGGGCCGCUGCGUGAACGGCCGGUGCGUCUGCCACGAGGGCUUCCUGGGCGAGGACUGCGGGGAGCGGCGGUGUCCCGGGGACUGCCACGGCCAGGGCCGCUGCGUGGACGGCCAGUGCGUCUGCCACCAGGGCUUCACGGGCCUCGACUGCGGGCAGCGCUCCUGUCCCAACGACUGCAGCAACCUGGGACAGUGUGUCUCCGGCCGCUGCAUCUGCAACGAGGGCUACACGGGGGAAGACUGCUCGCAGGUGUCCCCUCCCAAAGACCUUAUAGUGACGGAAGUGACUGAAGAAACUGUAAACUUGGCGUGGGACAAUGAGAUGCGGGUCACUGAAUACCUCAUCAUGUACACGCCCACCCACGCUGAUGGCCUGGAAAUGCAGUUCCGUGUGCCUGGGGACCAGACAUCGACCACCAUCCGGGAGCUGGAGCCCGGUGUAGAGUACUUCAUCCGCGUGUUUGCCAUCCUGGAGAACAAGAGGAGCAUCCCCGUCAGUGCCAGGGUGGCCACUUACCUGCCUGCACCUGAAGGCCUGAAAUUCAAGUCCAUCAAGGAGACAUCAGUGGAAGUCGAGUGGGAUCCUCUAGACAUCGCUUUUGAAACAUGGGAGAUCAUCUUCCGGAAUAUGAAUAAAGAAGAUGAGGGAGAGAUCACCAAAAGUCUGAGAAGGCCAGAGACUUCUUACCGGCAAACUGGUCUUGCCCCUGGGCAAGAGUAUGAGAUAUCUUUGCACAUUGUGAAGAAUAACACCAGGGGUCCUGGACUGAAGAGGGUGACAACAACCCGCCUGGAUGCUCCCAGCCAGCUUGAGGUGAAAGAUGUCACAGAUACCACAGCUCUAGUCACUUGGUUCAAGCCCCUGGCUGAGAUCGAUGGCAUCGAGCUCUCCUAUGGCAUCAAAGAUGUGCCGGGUGACCGCACUACCAUUGACCUUACACAUGAUGAGAACCAGUACUCCAUCGGAAACCUAAAGCCUGACACCGAGUAUGAGGUGUCCCUUGUCUCCCGCAGGGUGGACAUGUCCAGCAACCCAGCCAAAGAGACCUUCACAACAGGCCUGGAUGCUCCCAGAAAUCUCCGGCGUGUCUCCCAGACAGACAACAGCAUCACCUUGGAAUGGAGGAAUGUCAAGGCAGGCAUUGACAAUUACAGAAUUAAGUAUGCACCCAUCUCUGGAGGUGACCAUGCAGAGGUCGAUGUCCCAAAGAGUCAAGCAGCCACAACCAAAACCACACUCACAGGUCUGAGGCCAGGAACUGAAUAUGGGAUUGGAGUUUCUGCUGUGAAGGAGGACAAGGAGAGUGAUCCAGCCACCAUCAAUGCGGCCACAGAAAUGGAUGCGCCCAAGGACCUCCAGGUUUCUGAAACAACAGAGAACAGCUUGGCCCUGCUCUGGAGGGCACCACUGGCCAAGUUUGAGCGUUACCGCCUCAACUACAGCCUAUCUACAGGCCAGUCAGGAGAGGCCCAGCUACCGAGGGACACCACAUCCUAUGUCCUAACAGGGCUGGAACCAGGACAGGAAUACACCAUCCUCCUCACAGCCGAGAAGGGCAGGCACAAGAGCAAGCCAGCACACGUGAAGGCAUCCACUGAACAAAUCCCUGAACUGGAAAAUCUCACCGUGACUGGGGUUGGCUGGGACGGCCUCACACUCAACUGGACCACAGCUGACCAGACCUAUGAGCACUUUGUCAUUCAGGUGCAGGAGGCCAACAAAGUGGAGGCCACUCAGAACCUCACGGUGGCCGGCAGCCUCCGGGCUGUGGACCUUCCAGGCCUCAAGGCUUCCACUCCUUAUAGAGUGUCCAUCUAUGGGGUGUUCCGGGGCCAUAAGACACCCGUGCUCUCUGUCGAGGCUUCCACAGGGGAAACCCCCACGUUGGGAGAGGUCAUGGUGGCCAAGGUGGGCUGGGAUGCCCUAACACUCAACUGGACAGCUUCAGAAGGGAUCUAUGAGCACUUUUUCAUUCAGGUGCAAGAGGCUGAUGUACUAGAGGCAGCCCAGAACCUCACAGUUCCCGGAGGACUGAGGUCCACGGACCUGCCUGGGCUCAAAGCUACCACUCGCUAUAGAGUCACCAUCCGUGGGGUCACUCAGGACUUCAGCACAGCCCCUCUCUCUGUUGAGGUCUUGACAGAGGAGGUACCAGGUCUGGGAAACCUCACAGUGACCGAGAUGGGCUGGAAUGCCCUCAGACUGGACUGGACCACACCAGAGGAGACCUAUGACCAGUUUAUUGUUCAGGUCCGGGAGGCUGACCAGGUGGAGGAGGCUCACAAUCUCACGGUUCCUGGUAGCCUGCGCUCAGUGGAAAUCCCAGGCCUCAGGGCUGGUAUUCCCUACACAAUCAUUCUGCAUGGAGUGAUCAGGGGCCACAGCACUCAACCUCUUUCCAUGGAGGUCAUCACAGAGGAUCUCCCCCAGCUGGGGGACUUAGCUGUGACUAAGGUUGGCUGGGAUGGCCUCACACUCAACUGGACCACAGCUGACCAGACCUAUGAGCACUUUGUCAUUCAGGUACAGGAAGCCAACAAGGUGGAGGCCACUCAGAACCUCACAGUGGCCGGCAGCCUCCGAGCUGUGGACAUCCCUGGCCUCAAGGCCUCCACUCCUUAUAGAGUGUCUAUCUAUGGGGUGAUCCAGGGCCAUAGGACAUCAGUGCUCUCUACUGAGGCCUCCACAGCCAAAGAACCUGAAAUUGGAAACUUAAAUGUUUCCGACAUAACUCCUGAGAGUUUCAAUCUGUCCUGGACAGCUACUGAUGAAAUCUUCGAGACUUUUACCAUUGAAAUUAUUGAUUCCAAUAGGUUGCUGCAGAUGGUGGAAUAUAAUAUAUCUGGUGCUGAACGAGCUGCUCACAUCUCAGGGCUCCCUCCUAGUACUGAUUUCAUUAUCUACCUCUCUGGGCUUGCUCACAGCCUCCGGACCAAAACCAUCAGUGUCACGGCUACCACAGAGCCAGAGCCACAAUUGGGCACACUAGUGCUUAGCAAUAUUACUCCUGACAGCUUCAACGUGUCAUGGACCGCUCAAGCUGGGCUCUUUGCAAAGAUUGUUAUCAAUGUGAGCGAUGUUCAUUCGCUGCACGAGUCCCAGCAGUUCACAGUGCCAGGAGACACCCAGCAAGCUCACAUCACGGGCUUGGUGGAGAAUACUGGCUAUGACGUUAGUGUAACGGGGACCACCUGGGCUGGCAGCCUCACCAGACCCCUCACUGCCUUUGUCAUUACAGAAGCUGAGCCAGAAGUUGACAACCUUCUAGUUUCAGAUGCCACUCCAGAUGGUUUCCGUCUGUCCUGGACGGCCGAUGAAGGGAUAUUUGACAGUUUUGUACUCAAAAUCAGAGAUACAAAAAAGCAGUCUGAACCACUGGAAAUAACCCUCCCUUCCCCUGAACGUACCAGGGAUGUGACAGGGCUCAGAGAGGCCACUGCCUACGAAAUUGAACUCUAUGGAAUAAGCAAAGGAAGGCAAUCCCAGCCAGUCAGUGCCAUAGCAACAACAGCCAUGGGCUCUCCAAAGGAAAUCACAUUCUCACACAUCACUGAAAAUUCAGCCACUGUCAGCUGGACAGCACCUACUUCCCAGGUAGAAAGCUUCCGGAUCACCUAUGUGCCCAUGACAGGAGGUGUCCCCUCCAUGGUGACCGUGGAUGGGAGCAAGACUGAGACGAGGCUGGAGAAGCUCAUACCAGGGAUGGAGUACCACGUCAGUGUCAUCGCCAUGAAGGGCUUCGAGGAAAGCGACCCAGUCUCAGGGUCACUCACCACAGCUCUGGAUGGCCCUUCUGGCCUGGUAACAGCCAACGUCACUGACUCAGAAGCCUUGGCCAUGUGGCAGCCAGCCAUUGCGACUGUGGACAGCUAUGUCAUCUCCUACACCGGGGAAAGAGUGCCAGAAAUCACACGCACGGUGUCCGGGAACACGGUAGAGUAUGCUCUGGAGGACCUUGAGCCUGCCACAGAAUAUACACUGAGAAUCUUUGCGGAGAAAGGGCCCCAGAAGAGCCUCACCAUCACUACCAAGUUCACCACAGACCUCGAUUCUCCAAGAGACUUGACGGCUACUGAUAUCCAGUCGGAAACUGCCCUCCUCACCUGGCGACCUCCCCGGGCAUCGGUCACUGGUUACCUCCUGGUCUAUGAAUCUGUGGAUGGUACAACCAAGGAAGUCAUUGUGGGGCCAGACACCACCUCCUAUAGCCUAGGAGACCUGAGCCCAUCUACCCACUACACAGCCAGGAUCCAGGCACUGAGUGGAUCUCUGAGGAGCAAGCUGAUCGAGACCAUCUUUACCACAAUUGGACUCCUGUACCCUUUCCCCAGGGACUGCUCCCAAGCCAUGCUAAAUGGAGACACAACCUCCGGCCUCUACACCAUUUAUCUGAAUGGUGACAAGGCCCAGGCACUGGAAGUGUACUGUGACAUGACUUCUGAUGGAGGUGGAUGGAUUGUGUUCCUGAGACGCAAGAAUGGACGGGAAGACUUCUAUCGCAACUGGAAGGCAUAUGCUGCUGGGUUCGGGGACCGCAGAGAAGAAUUUUGGCUUGGGCUGGACAACCUGAGUAAAAUCACAGCUCAAGGGCAGUAUGAGCUGCGUGUGGACCUGCAAGACCAUGGAGAUACAGCCUAUGCCGUCUACGACAGGUUCAGUGUGGGAGACGCCAAGACGCGUUACAGGCUGAAGGUGGAGGGCUACAGCGGGACAGCAGGGGACUCCAUGGCCUACCACAAUGGCAGGUCCUUCUCGACAUUUGACAAAGACACAGACUCUGCCAUCACCAACUGUGCCCUGUCCUACAAAGGAGCUUUCUGGUAUAAGAACUGUCACCGUGUCAACCUGAUGGGGAGGUACGGAGACAACAACCACAGUCAGGGUGUUAACUGGUUCCACUGGAAGGGACACGAGUACUCGAUUCAGUUUGCUGAGAUGAAGCUAAGACCCAGCAACUUCCGAAAUCUUGAAGGCAGGCGCAAACGGGCAUGAAUUCCAGGGACAACUGGGUGAGCGAGGAGUGGGGCCCAGAGAAAGGAAAAGGAUUUUACCAAAGCAUCCACACAGCCAGUUCAAUCACCAAGCCACACCUGGGCAUUGGGCAAGAGUCAAAACUGGCCUUGGAUCUCAAGACACUGGCACCAGCCACUCUGCGGUUAGAUUCCUUCACACCAAAGACAGCAGUCUGCAACAGGUUUCUAUUUUGUUGUUGGAUUCAGAGGAAAAAAAAAAUCUUCCAGUGAUAACAACAUAAUGGUUUUUACUUCUCUUGGGUGGCUCUGGGAAGGGGGGGGGGUAGGCUACAGUGGUAGUUUGUUUUAGAAGCAGCCAUAUUUUACACAAAGCUGUAUAAUUAAUUAUCAUUAUUUUUGGUAGUGAAGAUAAAACAUGUGUCAUUGGAAGUUGUUCUCCCACCCUCCCCAUUUUUUUUCCUUUUUACAUUUCAUACCGUCAAAAUCAGAAAAGCAAUACUGUUUCCACUGCAAGGAGAUGAUUAAUAUUAUUAAUAUAAUAAUAAUGAUGAUGAUGAAAACUAAGGAUUUUUAAAGAGAUGUUUCUUCCCCCCAAAUACAUCUGAACAGUACCUGAUUGUAUUUUUUUUUAAUAAAAGCACAAGUACUUUUGA